AUGAUCGGGAAGGUUCUUGGCAAUCCCGAUUAUGACUGGAACUUUUACUCGGUCCCUCAAGGAGCUGCUAAUGAUCGUCGAAUUGCGAUAAAUCGCGGGAAGGUACUUGGAGGGUCAUCAGCCCUCAACUAUAUGGCUUACACGAGAGGGUCACAGAUAGAACAUGAUGAUUGGGAGGCACUCGGUGUUACUGGAUGGAACUGGAGCAUUAUACAGGAUGCCGUGAAAGCAUCUGAAGCUUGGAGCCCUCCUUCAGACUAUGCUAUGAAACACCAUGCGGAUAAUAAUGCGGAAGAGCAUGGAAGGAAUGGCUAUGUCAAAACGACAGCAUAUAGCUACUAUUUUGAUUUAGCUCUCCCUUUUUUCAAGACUCUAAAUGAGAUGGGUGUGGCAACCAACAUGUCAGAGUCUUCCGGGGAUCUUAUUGGGAUUUGGACGUAUACCGCUUCGAUUGAUCCCGUGACGGGCUCACGGAGUUACAGUACCAAUGCGUACUACGACCACGUUGCAGACCGUCCAAACAUAGUUGUUCUGACAGGUGCACAUGUCACCAGAGUACUGUUGGAUGACAACAUGAAUGGCCCUAAACGAGCUCAGGGAGUAGAAUAUUCCGUGGGGGGCCAAGUAUAUUCCGCUGGUGCUCUGCGUGAGGUGAUCAUCUCUGCAGGUGCUUUGCAGACGCCCCAGGUGUUGGAACUUUCUGGUAUUGGAAACCCUGAUAUAAUGCGCCGACUUAACAUACCCGUGAAAGUUGACCUACCAGGCGUAGGCGAAAAUCUUCAGGAUCACUUUACCGUACGUAUGGGGGCCGAACUCCGAGGUAUACACGAAACAGUGGACGAUUUGUCUUUGGAUACAUUUGCCGAAGAGAAGUUAAAGCAAUACAAACAGUCAAAAUCAGGAAUGCUUAGCAGCACCCUUUCGACUCUUGUGUUCUUACCAGCACAAGCUUUCAUUGGUCCAGAUGUAAUGAAGACCAUGCUCGAUUCUCUGGAUAAGGCACUUCGAGAUACUACCAUGCAAAACUCCCCUUGGAGACAAGUAUACGAAGUGCAGCGAUCCUGGCUUGAGAAGAACGGCGUUGCCCAACUGGAGAUGAUCCUGUUCCCAUCAUAUCAACAUGCUUCAUGCACGACCGAGAAUGCUCGACAUUACACCUUAUCUGUUUUCCUCCAGCAUGCAUGGUGUCGAGGACAUGUUCAUGCAGUGUCACCUUCUGCCCUCGAUCCUCCUGAAAUCGAUUUAGGGACGCUCCGCUCACCAGGGGAUAUAGGCAAGUACCAUUUCGAAGCCAUUAAAUAUGCAUUCAAGGUGAUGCAGACUGGACCACUUGGCGAAGAGACAGCUAAGAUCAUCGAGCCACUGCCAACAUGGUCAGACAGUGAGCUUCGGGAAUACGUGCGCACAAAUGUCAUCAGCGCAUUCCAUCCUAUUGGAACUGCUUCUAUGCUCCCUCGUUCGCAGAAUGGAGUUGUCGACAAUAAUUUGAAGGUCUAUGGUACUUCAAAUCUCAGAGUGGCUGAUGCGAGUAUCUUUCCAAUCCAUCUGGGUACUCAUCCUCAAGCUACUCUUUAUGGGUAA